AUGAAUGCGGAUAAACACGAACUUCAAGAGAUUUUAAGAUCUUUAGAAGAGAUAGAGAAUGACAAGAUAAAAUUACAGGCACAUCAACUAUUAUUAAUGCUAAAUCCUGAAUUAUCAUCUAGUUUAAAUAGUAAUAGAUCAUUUGGUAAUAUCUUAGAUAUAUCUGAAGAACAAUUGAAUCAGAGAUUAAUUCAUCUUAAUCAAAUUAUUGAAGAGAAAACAAAGAAAUUGUCAGAUAUUAGAGAUGAAACUCAAAGCCUAAAUAUAAUUAUUCAACAGCAUAAUAUACCACAUUCAAUUCGUAAUAUGACUUUAAAAGAGCUUACUGAUCAUUGUAUUAAACUAAAAAAUAUAAUGGAAGAUUUUUUAACAGAGCUUGGAGAUUAUAAAAACGUAUAA